AUGACGGUUUCUCACCGUCCAUUGCAACGAUACGAUCCUCAUAAAUCUAUAGAUGCUGCAUCUCGCGACUUUACUGCUGACCCGGUCAUUCUUCAAGACGUCUUAACAUGUGGCGUGUGCCAGGAAGACUUUGCCUUAUCAGAUAUCGUAAAAUUCAUCCAGCACAAAGUGCAUAAUUGUAAUAAGGAAAACUGUGCAUAUUAUAAUGGUGGCGACAUUGAUGGACUUAGAAAGAAUGAUGAUAGUAGUAAUGCCUUUCAAUUAAGGCAACCAACCAUAUCCGCUACGAUUUGUAAAAUGGACCUUGCGUUGUCAAGUUUUCCAAAUAAACUCGAGGAGACUUGUCGCAAUCCAGUAUUGGCUUUAGAACCUUUCAAGGACUCCAGAGCUAGAACCAGUCCUGAUUCUGUUCAAUUAAAGAACACCUUGUCCACCGACCCAGAAGGAACUCUCAAGGAGAACAGAAGUAAUUCCGAAGAACCAUCAUCUCCGGUAGAGGGCGCGCACCAACAGGGACGUGUGGUAGAUGCAGAUACUAACACGACCUCCACAGAACCGACUAGCCACAUAUGCUCAACUUGUAAGCAAAACUUCUCCUCAGCUUGGCUUCUGGUCCAACAUGUACAGAGAAUCCACGGCUUGGUGAUCUACGAGGAGACGAAUAACAAAGACAAAAAUGUACCAGAAGUUCCGAAAUCUGCACCAGUAUCAGUUUUCCCUUCAAACACCCUUUCUUCACCUAUCACCACUGUAUCUCAAGAGCAAUCAGUUUCCCAUUCUAACGACUUAAAUAUUGUGCCAUAUCUAAACCUCCAGUUGCCUCGUAUACCACUAGGUGAACGACAGUUUGGACCUGCACUCAACUCUCCCAAAUACUUUCCCCAUUCCUCUAGUCAUGGCUUCCAAAUGGACUUAUUUAGUGAUCAGUAUUACAAAUUGAACCAUCUUGCAGGAUUAAGUCUGAAUCAUUUUGACUCAUUUAGUUCCUGCACUAGAACUCGUUUUGAUAGUCCACGAGAAUCACAUAUAGGGUUAGGAUUUGAAUCACAUAUGGAUUUUUACUCUCAAAGACUCCGGCAAUUAGCAGGCGCAACAAGUUCUAGUCCAGCCACUUCACUAAAAUUUAAUUCUUCAUUUUCCAACUCUGUAAUUUGCAAUCAGCCCUCCUCUCACCAGUCAACUCCUUCAAGUCCACAUCCUGUUUUCAACCCGUUCUUAUCUCAAGUUCUGUCGCCUAACACAAGUCAAAAAGCUCUUGAUAAUUCAGAAUCGCCUAUAUGUAAGUCUCGUGAUAUUUGCGGCAAAUCUCUUCAGUUUCAAAGCAAUCCCAUUGUAAAUCGCAGAUCUCAUACAGGCGAGAAACCAUUCAAUUGUCACAUUUGUAACCAUUCUUGUACGCAAGCUAGUAAGCUCAAACGACAUAUGAAAACCCAUCAGAAACCUUUUCCGGAUUCGUCAAAAGAUACCGGUGUCUGCUUAAAAAGGUCCAUUCCAAAUUCAGCUGCAAAAAAUAUUAAACCAAACAAUGGUGAAGAAGACGAGGAUGGAUCUGAGAAUCAAGAUGAAAACGAGAACGAAGAACUAGAAAAUGAGGAAGUGUUAAAAAAAGACGAUUCUGAAGAGAUAACAGCAGAAGAUUUAACAACAAAGAGGACUACGAAAUUUGCAUCCUACCUUGCUGUUGGAGACGAAAAUGGCAAAAAUAAUUCAAACAAUAAACGAUCUACCCCACCUCAGGAGGGGAAGUCUCUACUGGGAGAAGUUAUGGAAAAAAUUGGACUUAACAAUAUUCAGCAAUAUAAUGAAGCCUAUAAGCAAGCUCUGGAAGAAAACAAGUUUAGAAGGUUAUCCGUAAAAAAGGAAAGGCCGUCUUCUGCCCCUGUAGAAAAAUAUCCUCUAAGAAAAUCUUUUGUUCCACCUGAAAAUUGGCUGAAUCAACCACCCUGGGAAGAAGGCAAUAAUAAGUUCAAUCAAACUCCAAUACACUUAGGCCAAGAUAUUUUACCUGUCUUUGACAGCCAUUUUGAUGACAACAAACGACUAAGGCUUGAUCUCAGAGAUCACCAGCGCGAAAAUUUGUAUGCAGGACUUUGGCUACCCUCUGUAACCCCCAGUCGUCGUGAAAUUUUACUUAGAGGUAUAACCUCUUCGGAAUCUGACCACAGAUCAUCCAGUGCCUUGAUAGCGGCAAUGCCCAUUCUUCCAGGAACUAGUACCCCAACUACCACCCUUUUCUCCAAACUUAAAGAGAAAAGUAGAAAUGAUACGUGCGAAUACUGUGGAAAAGUAUUCAAGAACUGCAGCAACCUAACAGUGCACAAGCGGUCUCACACUGGAGAAAAACCGUAUAAAUGCACAAUGUGUGAUUACGCAUGCGCACAGAGCUCCAAACUCACUCGACACAUGAAAACUCACGGUCGAAUGGGAAAAGAUGUGUUCAGAUGUCGCUUUUGCGGAAUGCCUUUUUCGGUAUCCAGCACUCUUGAGAAGCAUAUGAGGAAAUGUGUGGUCAACCAAAGUGCUUUCCUGAUAGACAAGGAUACGGGUUCUAGGGACGAUAACUACUCGGAUAUAUUAGUAGAGAGAGAUCACGCUCGUAGACAAAUGAAUGGUAGAGAUUUAGAUUCCAGGGAAACCCCAUAA